AUGACGGAAGACAGUAACAAAGGAAGGGCUAUUGUUUCAGUUGUGCCCACAGUGACGAUAUCAGCACACCGUGUACCAAGCCAACAGGUGGCCAUUCUCACCUGUCAUGUGCAAAGGUUUUACCCCGAUGGCAUACAAAUCACCUGGCUGGAGAGGAACAGAUCCUUCAAGACCUGUGAGUCUUUCACCCCCACCAAGAACCCAGAUGGCACAUUCAGCCAAGACAGUCGUAUCCUGGUCAACGCCUCAGAGAACAAAAGGUUGUUCACCUGCCAAGUGGGGCGUGAGGCUCAGACACGGGUCCAGGCCAGCGUGCAGCUGAGCGAGUUUAGAGAAGAGCAAGUGAGUUGGGGUGCCAUAGCAUCCAGCUCCCUCUUUGGGACCCUCCUCCUGCUUGGCUGGAAGUUGAUUCCCCUGAUUGCACUUUCCAUCAUCUACAUCCUCAGGAGGAGCCUCCCUUCCAGGAGGACUGACCCAGAAGGAACACUUGCCAUGAUGCCUGUAGCCACUACACCAGCUUCUCCUGCCUCACAAGCAUUCUGAGACCUGUCCAGUGUGGCUGCCCCCUCCCUGUCUCCUGCAGCCCCCAGAGUGGGUGACAGCCUGGACCGGGAAUAUGAGUAGUGAGAGGUGGGCUCUCACAUCCUCUGCAGGAAAGAAGUUUCUCUGGAGAUUCAGGGCAUGAUGUCCAUGUCACUGAGCAAGAAACCGGCAGAGGCAGGACAGGUUCCUGCCCAGGGGGAGACACAUACCUGCAGUUCUGAAAGCCCCUUCCUGGCUCCUCAUGGAAAACCCACUGUGGGCACAAAACCUUUACAGCCCCAUCGUUAAAAUAAGAUUAAAGGAAACACUUAUGGCCAAUAAACAUGGGAAGAGACAUCCAAUCUCAUCAGCAAUCAGGAAAAGCCAAAGCCAUAUCUCACUGAGAUGCCAUUUUGUCGCUAUCCAAAUAGCAAAAAUAAAGAAGCAACCGGCUCUCUCUUACCUUGCUGAUGGAUGUGUAAGGUGGUGCAGCUACUGUUGAAAACAAUCUGCAAAUUUUUAAGUGGAACAUUCAUAUAUCCCA